CUAGUGGCGCUCUUCUGGAAUUGUGUCUGUUCUUCGGGGAGGAUUCGUGUCAUCCAUCUUAUUCUUUGCAAGUUUUGUUUGUAAUCGAAUAAUAAAGUAAAAUAUAAAACAGAAACAUUUACAUAUUAUUAAAAUCGCCAUGGCAGAUGUUUUGGACAUUGAUAACGCUGAAGAGUUCGAAGUAGAUGAUGAAGGAGAUCAGGGUAUUGCUCGUCUUAAGGAGAAGGCAAAGAGAAGGAAAGGUAGAGGCCAUGGUGCAGAAUUAGUAUCUACAAGAGAUGAUGUUGGUCAUUAUGAGUCCAUGAAUGUUGUUGAGGAAGAUGAUAAUGAGCCUGGGCCUCAAAGAUCUGUGGAAGGAUGGAUUUUAUUCAUAAAUUCAGUGCAUGAAGAAGCACAAGAGGACGAUAUUCAAGAUAAAUUCUCUGAAUUUGGUCAAAUUAAGAACUUGCAUUUAAAUUUGGACAGAAGAACAGGAUUUCUGAAAGGCUACGCAUUGGUGGAAUACGAAACAUUUAAGGAAGCACAAGCUGCAAAAGAAGCUUUGAAUGGUACAGAGAUUUUAGGUCAGGCUAUUUCUGUCGAUUGGUGUUUCGUGAAAGGACCCAAAAAAAUCAGAAAACGAAGUCAUAGGAGGCGAUAAACAUAUCUUAUGUAAAAUAUAUCCAUUAAAAACUUUAAAAACCUUUAUACAAUUAAUCAAUCAAUAAAAAAUCACAAAUCUAUAUUAAUCAAUCACAUAAGAA